GGCAAAACCACGCGGACUCACCAGAGCGACGCUUCGGGGCACGUCCGCCCGCGCACGACUCAUAAAAGUGACCGCUGCGUGGUUGCAGCAAAACUUUUUGGACGUCAGGCUAGCGUGCAAGGCUCAUUGCAAAACUCUGCUGCUGCACGCAGCGGUGACUCCUCGCGCGUAGCGAUGGAACAGGUGGUCGAAAACGCACCACUCCCACCCUCUCUGGCAGCUCUGCUUGCGCGCGAAGACUUUGCGGACGACGUCUUCGAGGGCGGCCGCUGCGCACACAGCGUGGGCGCGGCAAUCGACUGCCCGGCGCUCGCGCUGGACCGCCUCCUCGCGGCCCUCGACGGGGAGUCGACGGUAAGCCCAAGCGGCGGCUACGGCUUUCCCGCGCUCGCGGCGAGCUACCGCCAGGGGCUCGACUUCCAGCUCGGACGCGUGAACGCGAAAGGCGGGUGGGACCGGUUCGACCUCUGGAAAUACCAGUACGAGAACCUGCCGAGUAGCGAGACGGCCCGGCGCGCGCUCGAGGGCGGCUACUCGCUGACCAUUCGCCACGCCGAGUGGCGCAUCCCCUGCGUCUUCGCGGCGGCCGCCGCGCUCCAGCGCGCGACGGGCGCGCCGGUGCAAGCCAACAUCUACGUCACGCCGCCGGACGAGCGCUGCGUGCGGCCGCACGCGGACCGCCACGACGUCUACGCCUGGCAGGUCUCGGGAGCCAAGACGUGGCUCGUGCGCGAGGCUCACGGGCCGCCGCCGCCCGUGCCGCCGCGCGAAAAUAAACGCAACGGCGGCUGCGACCUGCCCGGCGCGGCGCCGUACCCGGUCGAGCGGGCCGUCGAGCUGCGCGCCGGCGACGCCCUCUACGUGCCGCGAGGCGUGCCCCACCAGUGCCGCGCGUCCGGCGCCGCGCCGUCGAUCCACGUGUCCUUCGGCAGCGACGUCCACAUCCCUCUGACGUGGGAGGGCGCGCUCCACUGCGCGCUGCGGCGACGGCGGGCGUCCGCCCGGACUCACGUCGAGCUGCACUUUGUGGCGAUGUCGACGUGCACGCGCCUGCGCCGCAGCUGCCCGCCGGCGGUCCUACGCGGCGACGGCGACGAGGCGCUCGCGGCGGCGGCGGACGAGCUCGGUCGCCUUGCGGCCGCCGCCGCCGACGCCUUGCUGUGGCGCGCCGGGCUCCCGGGCCGCGCCGCCGACUGGCUCGCGGCGCCGACGAACGGCGUCCUCGACUUCGUGAGGCUCGGAGUACCGUGGAGCGAGGACGUGGGCUGUCGGACGACGCGGGGGCUCGCGUUCCUCGAGGACGACAGGAUUGGGCACCCGGCUCAUUUCGCGUUUCCGACGGCCGUCGGCCCCGUGCUCGUCGCGCUCCGGGAGCUCACCGCCCAAGCGACGCGCGACGUCCGCGUCACCGCGCUGCGCGACGUGUCCAUGAUGGCCCGCGCCGCCCGCGAGGAGGUCCGCCGCCGGGGCGCGGCCCUUGAGGGAGUCGGCCCUCCUCCUGGGGAGGGAGCAUAA